UUGGGUACAUGGGCGUAUUAUGGACUUUGGUAUUAUCCUUUAAAUAACAGAAUGUAAUGCUUAUGGCCUGACCUCAUAUCCUCUAUCAUUCACUGCUGUAGAAAUAGUCGCAUAAAUGAUCUGUUAUUCCUUUCAUUUAUCCAGAGCUUUAGGUCUUCUCCCAAAGCGAAGUUGACGUGUUGCUGACCCCUAUUGGUGACACUGGAUAACGAGCAUUCUCAACAAACAACAUGGCCUCCUCGUACAGUCAGGAGUGGAGAUCUGUCUGUGACAAAUUUCGUGACUCUCAAACUCUCUCAGAUGUAGAGUCAAGAAAGGAUCCAGAGAAUGACCCCUUUCGCUCUAAAUAUAAAGCCAGGGACCUGUUAAAGGAGAUAUACACUGUGUUAAAUAACUUUGAUAUCGGAGAGACUGAGAACGAUGACAACGAUGCUGAGUGUCAGACAGAGGAACCCGUUGAUGGAGGCAAGGGUGAGGCUUGUGGGAGAAGCUGCCCUGGUGAUUCCAGUGCGGGAAUACGAGCUGCUAAACUCGGGGUGAUCGAAUACUACCUCGGCGUAAACCAUUUGGAAACUGAAGAAUUGUCUGCUGGCGAAGAGCACUUGAUGAAAUGCAUGAAACUACUGGAAAGGUGCACCAUUACACAGGAGAACGUGUCUUUGUGUAUCCAGGCCAGGAAUCAGCUUGGAAUUCUGUGGGCGGGCAGAGAUGAAACCGAGAAAGCGCAAGGAUUCUUAGAGACAGCCGAAUCGAUAUACAUACGCUACAUGAAAGAGGAUGGCCAGCCGCCCAUGGAUCUAACAGAGUUCUUUGUUGGAGAGGAAGAUCAACUGUCUCAACAAGAGAGGACAAAAAGGUUUGAGAUGGCGUACACCCACACCCUGUACUACCUGGCUCAGGUGUAUAAAAACUUGGAGCAGUUUGAGCGGGCUGGGAAAUACUGCCACAGCACCCUGCAGAGACAGCUGGAGUUCAACCAGUUUGUGCCACUUGAGUGGGCUAUCAAUGCAGCGACACUUUCCCAGUAUUACAUCACAAAGACCCGGUACAUGGAGGGGCGGCACUGCCUGGCAGCCUCCAGUGUCAUAGUCGGACUGGCUGGGGAAGUUCCCUCUGAGGCCGCUGCCCAAGAGAGUGAGGUUGAAUAUGAGCGACGUGAACAGCUGCGCCAGAAGAGGGCAGAAAUCGGCAGGUGUUGGAUUAAAUACUGCCUCAAUCUGUUGCAGGACGCUAGGAAACUCUUGGAGGAUAACAUUGGCGAGCUGGACGUGGACCGUCAGGCCGAGCUCAGGCGCACCCGGCGAGAUGAGGAAGAGGAGCGCGAGCGUGAGAGGAAGAGCACAGUGCUGUUCAGCUCCAGUGACACAUUCGACUCCAUCUGCGCCCUGGAGGACAAGGUGAGCUGCAUCUUCCCGCUGGACUUUGACGAGGCGCGCGCCGUCUUCCUGGUGGGCCAGAACUACGUGGGCGAGGCCAAGGAAUACUUCGAGAUGGACGGCCACGUGACCGACCACAUCGAGAUCCUGCAGGACCACAGCGCCCUCUUCAAAGUGCUGGCCUUCUUCGAUGAGGACCUGGACCGCCGAUGCAAGAUGCACAAGCGCCGCGUGGACUUGCUGGAGCCCAUCUGCAAGGACCUGAACGCCCAGUACUACCUGCUGGUGUGCCGGCAGCUGCAGUUCGAGCUGGCCGAGACCUACUAUGAGAUGAUGGACCUGAAGCUGGCCCUGGCCGACCGGCAGGAUGACCUGGACGCGCACACCGUCAAGAAGUUCAACCACCUCUGCUCCUCGUCCAUGAGGUUCUACGACAUGUUCCUGGACUCCACGCGCUCGCCCGAGGGCAAGUUCCCCGACAAGCUGGAGGACGACCUGCUGAGGCCCGCGCUGGUGGCCAAGUUCCGCGUGGCGCGGCUCCAGUCCAAGCUCAUCUCGUCCAGCCCGUCGGUCCAGAUUGACAACCUGAACCUCUCGCUGGAGGCGUACCAGUUUGUGGUGCAGUACUGCAAGAAGCACCCAGAGGCCAAGGCGACCGUGGAGACGGAGCUGGAGCUUAGCGAGGAGAUGGUCAACCUGCUGCCCAUCAAGAUCAACAGGAUCCGGGCCAAGAUCACCACCAACUGAAGCACACCUAACUUAACUAACAUAGCCCCCACACUCUUGUAUGACUGGAAUAGAUAAAGCUUUUUUGUUUGUUGGGGUAACACACAAAACGAUUUAAUUUGCACUGUUAAAAACACUCUUCUUCCGGGUUUUGUUUGCGCUCUCGCAAAGUAAAUCCAUCUUGACACUAGUGAGUCUAUGUGGUCACCCUCUGCCUUUUUCCACUGAUUCCUGAUAAGUAUUUUCAACUAAAGCUCCUGUGUAACUUUAACUGCUCAUCUCACUCAUAACAUAGUUUCCCAACCUCCCCAAUGCCACUGUCAGCUUGGGACCAAUGCAGUAUGAGCUGCUAGAGAUUUAGAGACAUUUGUUUUGCCAAUGCAUGACCUCUCUAGUUUUCAACCCUCAUGUACUAAUAAACACAAUUUGUUGUAUAAAUGCAGAGACUGUUGUAAAUGCUAGAAUAUAACACAGCUGUUUUUGUUUGUUGUAAUUACAGAUCUGUUUAAAACGAUGACCGUGCUGCAAUAAACUUGUUGCUCUACAGUUA